AUGAAAUAUGCUACCUGGAACAUCAGGGGGCUUAAUGAACCCCUGAAACAAGCUGAAGUCAAGAGACUGCUUGCUAAGAAUAAUAUAGAUUUGGCUGGAAUUAUUGAAACCAGAGUUAGAUUUGCUAAUAGAGAUAAAGUUUGGAGGAAGAUGAAUCUGCAAGGAUGGGAUAAAAUUCAUAAUUACACUCAUUCUGAUUUAGGCAAAAUUUGGAUUAUCUAUGAUAGGUCCAGAGUUAAAGUUAGUUUUAUUGACUCCACAGAUCAGAUGAUUCGUUGCAGUAUUGAGAGUGAUGAUAAUAAGUUUACUUGGACUGUGAUUUAUGGUUCAAACCAUUUAAAUGAUAGACAAAAGCUUUGGCACAAGAUUACUGAUAUGUCCAGGAAUACUGAAGGGGCAUGGAUAGUACAUGGAGAUUUUAAUGCUAUCAUGAACAACUUUGACAGGCUAGGAGGAAACAACCUUGAUGAUGAUCACUCAACUGAGUUACUUAACUGCAUUACUGCAGCAGACAUUACUGAAUUAAGAACGGAAUUUGGAGAAGAUUGGAUAGGGUCUUUGCUAAUGGGGACAUUUGUGACACCUUCCAACAUGCUUACUUUGAAUCCCUCCCCAAUGCAAUUUCUGAUCAUAGUCCCAUCAUCACCUACCUGCAUAACAGCCAGUGCAAGGGAAAGAAUAGUUUUAAAUUCUUUAACUUUUGGUCUAUCCACCCUGAGUUUAGGAAAAUUUUUGAAGAUAAAUGGAGCAAAAGUUAUAAUGGGCACUACAUGUACCAAUAGAUCUAUUCUAGAGAAGCAGCAGAUUGAUAUUCAAAGAGAUCCUUCAAAUCACCUGCUUAUCUAUGAAGAGAGAGCUAUGGCUGUCCAUUUCAGAUUCUUACUUAGUUGUGAGGAAAGCUUCUAUAAACAGAAGUCAAGGAUCCAAUGGCUUAAUCUUGGAGACUCCAACACAAAGUACUUUCACAAUUCAGUUAAGCAAAGAAGGAUUACAAACUGUAUUCCUCUUAUCAAGUUGGAAGAUGGUAGUAUUAUCAGUAGUAAAGAGGAGAUUCAUAAAGAAAUUACUAGAUUCUACUCUAACCUGUUCAGGAGAGAGGAUACUACUAGAAGUCACAUUGACAGCAACAGGUUCAGAACUGGAAUAACCCUUACUGAUGAUGAAGGGACAAAUUUACAGAACAUAAUUACUGAAAUGGAAGUCAAGAAUGCAGUCUUUUCCAUUGGAUGUGACAAAGCAGCUUGUCCAGAUGGCUUCAAUGGCCAUUUCUUCAAAGUUACUUGGGAUAUUACUAAAGAUGAUUUGGUGAAAACUGUCCAGGAGGCCUUCAAUUCAGGUACUAUUCUCAGACAACUUAACUCCACUACUAUUACAGUUAUCCCUAAAACCUCUAAUGCUGAUAGUCUCUCUGAUUUCAAACCAAGUGCAUGCUGUAAUGUUUUAUAUAAGAUUAUUUCCAAAGUCAUUACCAAUAGGCUUAGCCCUUUGCUUUGUAAAAUUGUGGCCCCAAACCAGUCUGCCUUUGUUCCAAAUAGGUCCAUAGCUUACAAUAUCAUGUUGGCUCAUGAACUUGUCAAAAACUACCACACAAACAAAGAAUAUCCUAGAUGCCUUCUUAAAAUACACCUUAAAAAAGCCUAUGACUCUAUUUCCUGGUAUUUUAUAGAGGAAAUUCUUAUAUCUCUUAAUUUUCCUGAUAAAUUCAUUGCCCUUAUCAUGAGUUGCAUGAAAACCCCUAGUUAUUACAUUGCUUGGAAUGGUUGUAAAGGAGAUAGGUUCCAUUAUGGCAAAGGGCUCAGACAAGGAGACCCCAUCUCCCCCUCCUAUUUUUCUUGUGUAUGGAAUAUCUAUCUAGGAAUUUGA